AGAAAGAAUGGGUCCCUUCUCUGAGGGUGAGCUGAGUAAACGGUUGAAUGAACUAAGGGAUUCUCAGAAAGAAAUCCAAAAUGUUUCAGCAUGGAUUGUUCAUCACAGGGCCAACAGUCGGGAUGUUAUAAAAGUCUGGUAUAAGAACUUCAAGCAAGGACAAAAAGCAAGGAAGUUGACCUACAUGUACCUAGCAAAUGAUGUUGUACAGAACAGUCGGCGGAAGGGUCCAGAAUACUCCAAGGAGUUUGGUAGUAUACUACUCAAGGUGUAUCAUCACCUUGCUUCAAUAGAUUUGGACGAGAAAUCAGUUGGAUCUUACGGGAGGUUGUUAAGCAUAUGGAAUGAGAGACAAAUAUUUGAAAAAAAGCUUUUACAGGAAGUGACACAGUUGUGGAAUCACAAAACUUCAAAAACAAAACAAAGAAAGUCUUCCGGUUCUGUACGACAGUCUUCUGAAGAGCGACGAAAGUCGACAGAAGUUGAAGAUAUUGACGAGAUGCUUGAGUCGCCUCUAAGGAAAUUAGUUAAACCAGCUCAUGAAGAAACUAUAACUCUCAGUCCUAGAAUGGGUUCACCAGGAUCUGGGGAUCCUCCUGAACCAGAGGAGUUGAUAACUGCUCUCCAGGAACUGGAAAAUGCUGCUUCAAGUGAUGCUGAAGUAAGAGAAAAGAUAGCUAAGCUCCCCCCCGAGGUAUCCGAGGUUUCUAAACUGGAAAAUCUGAAAUCUUCAGAAGAAGGAUUAAUCUUACUCCAACAGGUGAACGAAGCAUCAGAACUGUUGAGUAAUUACAAUGGUCGUCUUCAAGAUGAAUUAAAGGAACGGAAAAAGGUUGGAACAAUGGUAUCUGAGUUCCUGUCCGCUCAAAAGGAACUACUAGCUCAGGCUGAGGAGAGACUAGAACUGUACCACGAGAAGCUGGAGAAAACGAACAAUUUAAAAGAUGAAUUGAAAAAUCAUAUUGCUGCUCUACCUGAUAUACCUGUGUUGCCGACAAGUUCAACACUGGCUCCUCUUCCUAACCCUGGAGAUCUUUUUCAGUGAUCUUUUACAUUGUAAUCUAUGUUAUUUUCUUUGUAAUUAACUUUCGGACCCCCCCUAUCCUAGAGUCAAAUAUACAAUUUUGUGUGGUGGAUCUACGUCGAAACUAGGGAAAAAAAUAAAAAUAAUUUGAUUUAUAAAUAUUUUAGAUUUAGAAAAUUAGAUUUAAAAACGUUUUAGAUGUACAUAAUAAAGCUGUUUAGACACUUG